AUGUAUCCGAUCCUCUUCCGCGUCGGCGACAUCCCCAUCGACAGCUACGUCACGUUGAUGGUGCUCGGCUAUAUCGCCGCGCUUGGAGCGAUCUUCUACGUGACGCCCAAGGGCGGCGACGCUCGUAAGACCGGUAGCCUCGAUCGGCCGCAAGUCUGGGAUCUCUUCAUCGUCAUGGUGGUGAGUUCGGUGAUCGGCGCGAAGCUCGGUCACGUUUUCUUCGAGGCGCCCGGUCAUACGACGGAGUCGGGUGCGCCGAUCAAUUCACUCAUCGAACUUCUUCAGGACGACCCGUGGCACUGGGCGCGACUCGGCGAGUCCGGCUACGUUUGGUACGGCGGAAUGCUCGGCGCGCUCUUGGUUGCGGUCUUCUAUUUCUAUCGCCGCCCGCAUCUCAAAGGCUGGCUCUACGCGGAUGCGUUCGCCCCGGCCAUCAUGCUCGGCGCGGCGUUGGGACGGAUGGGCUGCUUUCUCGCCGGGUGCUGUUACGGCGACCCGACCGACGGCCCGUUUGGCAUUCAGUUUCCGCGGCUUCCGAGUCCGGUCCAUCCGACGCAGCUCUACGACGCCACGAUCGCGGCGGCCCUCGGGCUCUUCUUGUUGUGGCGCUUCGGUCGUCGCCGAUUCCACGGUGAGAACAUUGCCCUGUUGUUGAUGACGUAUCCGGUCAUGCGGGCGACGACAGAGAUUUUUCGCGGGGACGCCGAGCGAGGGGAGUACGGGGCGAUCUCGACGUCUCAGAUCAUCUCGAUCCCGCUCUUUUUCAUCGGGGUCUGGUUGUACUUUCACCGACGUAAGUCACCGAUCGCGCCCACGCCGCCGGAAGAGUAA